AUGUACGAGCCAUUCUAUCUCGCCUUCGAUGCCUACCCAACUGUCGUCCCGCGAGUGAAGGUGCGAGGCCUCAUGGCUCUGUUUCUUGCCGUCUCGAUCCUAUGGGCCCUGAUCUGGCUCCUAUACCGAGCAUGGCAGGUCUGCCAGACCCCCAAUGAUGUCCUGGUGGAGAAGCUGGGCCUCGACAUUCCGCCGCCCCCAGAGGUGACCCUCGAGGAAAUUACAGCGCGUGAGAUUCGUCUGGCUUGGAAACAGCCGGACUUUCACAAUUCCAUACAUAAGCAUAUCAUCCAAGUGAACAAUGUCAAAGUGGGCGAGUCAAAACGGGCAGAAACCGCGGUCGAAAUCCUGAACCUCGUUCCGGGUAGCAUCUAUCAUAUCUGCGUUCUUUCCGUCAGCGCCGCAAAUUUUCAAACUCCCAGUGCGAUCCUUCAUGUACGAACAAAAUCCCUUCCGUUGUCCCAAGCCCAGCAAGAUGCCACCACUGGCGGCCCAACAAUCAGAGCGUCGAUUCCCAGGUCUACGGCCGGCUUGCCCACUCCAUCCGCGCCGGUCAUGUCUCGUGAGCACAGCGCGGGUCAAAUGCCCGGGAAGCGACCCUCGACAGGUCGCAAGUCAUCGCCCGCCACCGGAGCUUCGGACUAUUCGCAUGGACAAUUUGAUGAAUCCCGCAGGAAUGGCCAUCGCAGCAAUCGUGACGAGAGUCUGGAACAAUUGGCGGAUCGCCUGAAGGCUUUGCAACAAGAAAACGACAAUGUGGAAAAACAAGCAACGGAGGAAGAUGAUGAGCAUAUCACAUUGCUCAAGGAUCUUGAGAAGCAACGUGAUGAACUGAAGAAGCGUGUGAAGGAGAAGGAUGAAGUCAGUGGUGAUUUAAAAAAGCAUGUUUCCAAACUGGAAAGCGUCAACCGAACCGUUCAAAGUGAGAAGACGAAGCGCAUGAGACUUCUUCAGCAGAAAGAAGCAGAACGCGACAAGCGCAAGAAUGACAUUCUGCGAUGGCAGGAGAAAAUUUCUCGCAUGAAUACCGAUGCCGCUCAAGCGAAAGAAGACAAGUCCCGACUGGAGGAAGAUGGAAAGGCACGGGGAGAUGAGAUUCGCAUGAAGAUUGCGAAGGAGCAAGCCGACAUGAAGAUCAUCGAUGAUGAAAUUCAAGACAAGGGUGGACGAAUCAAGAAGCUUGAGGAUGAGAGGAAAGGGCUUCAGGAUGGUGAGAGUGAGGAUGGCAAAGAGCUAGAUCGAAUUGACAACGAGCGGGCUCGCCAAUGGGAGAUGAAGCUGAACAGCCUGCACGCCCGAUAUGCCACUCUGGUCAAUCUUCACGCACAAGCGCAACAGCAAUAUCAAGAAGCCCAGGAACGACUGAAAUGGCUCACUAAUCAACGGCCUAGCAGCUCGGGUCCAUUCGCCCUGCCAACAAUAGAUCUUGACCUAUCGAAUAUUGCCACCAUCCGACCGCGGCGUCAUCGCAGCUCGUUGACCAGCAAUGUCUCUUCCCCCGUGAACUUCCCAGUCGUCGAAACGGGCUUCCCUGGUGGUCUCAGCUACAACCCCCCUUCGACUAAUUCGCCUACUUUCCCGCCUAGCUCCGCAUUCUUCAAUAUCAACAAUGGAAUGACCCUUCCCGGUCUUUCUGAUCCGCCUGAGAUAAUGCGUUCAGAUGCGGAGACUGCAUUCAAUAACCCUCAAAUGAGUCCUCGGGCAGAUGCUUUGUUGCCAUCCGACCUACUUGGUGAUGAAGAGUCUCCCGAGUUCCCACGACCGCUGACCCGACCACGUUUCUCCACCAUGGAAGGACAGAGUAACCCUCUGGACAACUUUGGUAUCGGGCCGGCUUCGCCUGCAUCUUCUGGAAGCCGACCUGGUAGUAUAUUUGCCAGCCCGCUUGAAACUCUAAACCGACAGGACUCUAAUUCGCAGCCUGUGGGGUUGUCCGCUGCUGGAGAGCGGCCCAAGAGCGCGUCUCGACGACUUUCUGGGCUUUUCGGCUUCCAUCGGCCUCGAGGAAAGACGUUGGCCGACGAACCUCCUAUGCUGGGGACGUUGAAGCCAGGGCAGAGCCAGUCCUUCCCGCGUAAUGUUGAUGAGAUGGACCCCAUCGGUUCACGACGCCGGAGACUUAGCUACACAGGCAACUGGGCAAACCCUAUGUCCUUGUUCCCACGAAGCAACACUACUGGAGUCACCGCGGACAGUUCGUCAGAUCAUCCGCCAUCUAGACGCGCCGCGUUCUCCAGUAUCUUUUCAUCUAGUAAAUUCGGGUUUGGUGGCACUGGCAGUCGUGGAAACUCCGACUUGAGCACUGGCUACAAUCAAUUUAGCCCACGGCAUGAUCCUAUUGAUCCAUCGUCUCUCCUUGGAAACGUUCGUCGCGGCUCUCUCUCCCCUCGUCCCUCCUCGACCUUUUCUUUUGACAAUCAAAACCAGCUUCCUCAUCCCUCCACGGACAAUCGCCAUUUUGGCUGGCCGUCUGCCGAACAAACUGGGCUCCGCAAUAGCCCACUUGGCCUGGAUUGGGCCUCACCAUCCACAUGGUCCCGAGCACCGUCUCGUCGCCCAUCCCUUUCAUACGGAUCCUCCGGGCAUCUCCCGCUGGGACUCACUGGUGAACCUGAUUUUGUGGAGGAGGCGUAUGAGCGCCAGCUGCGACCGCUUCAAGCCCCAAUUGGCACCCGGCCGUCUUCAUCCCACCGCCCGAUCACCCCAAAGCUCAACCCGGCUGCACCAACGUUUACGGCAAUUUUUAGCGGCAAAAAGUCAAACCAGGAUAAGGAGAAAGACUCUGGCGCUCCCUUCGAUCUUCACGUGGACGACGGAUCCCCAUCCGAGCCACGUACGUCGCGAGAUUCCCGUUCGCUCUCCCAUUUCACAGGCGAGUCGUACGAAUCUUUGGAGCGCAUGCCAUCCGGUGCAUCCGCAGACAACGCAUCUAAGGAAUCCUUCAUCCGCAAGAUUACUCGCAAGGGCAGCUCUAGCAAGUUCAGCUCCUGGAAAGACCGCUCGGGCCUGUUCUCCAAGAAGGGCGAGUCCUCUCAAGGUGACAUUGAAGAGGACGCAGCCAGCGAGGCUCAGCUGGGGAGGAGCAUUGACAGCACCGCCUCCAGUGUGCCCUCCGCCGAUCGUUCGACAAGGAGUAGCCUGGGCUUCUUCUCGCGUAUGUCUCGCAAGUCUGACAAGGCGAGCGAGACCAGUGAGCGAGCUAGCGAAGCCGGUGAUGAGGAUCUUUCAAUCCCUGAGAUCGCUCAUUCGUGA